UUCAACAUCCUGUAGUAAGAGUAUGAAUGGAAAUGGGGUAGACCCACGCAACCAUGAGUCACUUUACCACGUCACGUAUAUUUUUUCUCGCUAUAAGAUGACAAAAUUGUGACUUGUGACGCAUAUAUAAAUGUAAGUGUAGGUAGGUACUACAAUCAGUAAGAAGAGAAGAGGCAUUCUGUUUAGAAGAUACUUUGAGAGGAACUGAUAUUUACAAGAGUGUCUGCUUGAAAGAACUGUUUGAACUCGAUCUGUGAAGUGCGAAGAGUUAUAAAUAUUUAACAGUAUUUCUUAGUGAUUAUUUAUUAUUAUUAUUUAAAGAAACUCUAGAAAAAAGAAAAAGUGUCUACAUUUAUUCGUGUUGAAACGAAACGGUGAAGGACAUUAACUUAUUUCUGUCACUAAUAAAAUCAAAUUAAUCUAUCUCUUUAAUUGAUUAGCAUCAUGACAGGGAAAUGAGGCUAUAGUACCCAAUGUGACAGUGUAAGAAUUGUUCAAAUGCCAACGUAUUAAAUAAACAAUAAACAAGUAAUAAACGUAAUAAACAUUACAUAAGGAAUAAAGAAAAGAGAGAAGAAAAUAAAACUACUGCCAAUUAAUAGAACGACUCAGAUUUCUGUUAAAUAACUGUACAAGCACCACUAGACUAAUAACCACCAAAAUGUUUGCCAAGUUAAUGGGAGUUAAGGAUACACUCGAGUCUCAUGUCUUGGAGAUUGCAGAGACCUACACCAAAAAGGAAGAAGAAGAAGGUUUCAGUCGGAGCGGCGCCUUCGCAGAGCGUGGCAAAAUGGUCUUCCUUCACGGCGUCCUCUACCUCGAAGUCAUCGAGGGGCGCGACCUCCCCGAUGUCGACACCUCCUGGUUCCGGUCCUCAAAGGAUGUCUCGGAUCCUUACGUGACCGUCGACACGUGCUGUGCGGGCCGGAAGACGUGCCGCAUCGCCAAGACGUCCAUCAUCUACAAUUCCCUAAACCCUCACUGGGGCGAGAAGUUCCGCAUCGAGAUGUGCCACGAAACUGAGUCCCUCCUGUUCACCGUCAAGGACCUCGACUUGGUCAAGAUGGAAUCGAUGGGAUACAUGAGCAUCAGGGCAGAAGAUCUCCUUCGCGAUGAGCCUGUGACUGGCUGGUUCCCGAUCAUAGACAAGAGCGGGAACCCAGCCGGUGCCAUCAAUGUGUCACUGCGUUUUCUGUCCACGGCUGAGAUAACGCGGUCCAAUGAGGUUCCAGACACAGUUUUCCCCAUGCGGACUGGUUGCCGUGUAAAGCUCUACCAGGACGCCCACACGCCCGCUGAGUCGCCGAUCACGGACGUCCCGACACGAACCGGAGACGCAUACGAACCACCACAACUGUGGGUAGACAUCACCAACGCUAUCAACGAUGCACAAAAGCUUAUCUAUAUCAUCGGAUGGAGUGUGAAGGCUGAUAUGAGUCUCUUACGCGAUGGCGAGUGCGAGAAUCUGGGUGACAUGCUAAAGAGGAAGGCAGCGGACGGGGUCAGGGUGAUGGUGAUGGUCUGGAAUGAGGCCAUGAGCACUGACAUCUACACGCCAGGUAUCAUGGGCACUCACGAUGAGGAGACGAGGCUUUUCUUUGAGGGAUCAGAAGUUGAAGUCUUCUUGGCACCACGUCAGAAGAACAAGGGCAAGCUAAUGGAGAAUAACUUUGUGGCAACCCUGUACACCCACCACCAGAAGUGUGUUAUAGUGGAUGCUGAAGCAGAAGGCGAUGACAGGCGACGUCUAGUGGCAUUUGCUGGAGGCAUUGACUUGACAGAUGGACGCUAUGACACGCCUGACCACCCUCUGUAUAAAACACUGCCAGAACAACACCAACAUGAUUUCUACAAUGGCAUUUGUCAGUCUUCAGUUACUCAAGGCCCACGUGAGCCUUGGCAUGACAUCCAUAUGUAUGUAGAAGGACGGGCUGCUAAUGACUUGCUGCAAAACUUCGUAGAGAGGUGGCGUCGCCAGGCUCCAGAUAGGGAAAACCGUCUUCUCCCAGUCACUGAAGACGAGUUUGUCUUGGAGUGGGAUACUCCAGAUGAGAUGAUAUGGAACGUCCAGUUUUUCCGUUCCAUUAACUCUGACUCAGCACAGUUUGAUUCAAAUGUCCUGGAUAGACUACUUACCAGGAAGGGCCGAUUGUAUGAGAACUCCAUCCAGAGAGCAUACGUACAUCACAUCCGACGAGCUAAACGCUUUAUUUACAUAGAAAAUCAGUAUUUCCUGGGGUCAGCACAUAGCUGGUUAGUGCAUGAAGCAAAGUGCCCCCAUCUCAUCCCCAUUGAGCUUACAACAAGAAUAAUAAAUGCCAUAAAUGCAGGUGAGGACUUCCGGGUGUAUGUGGUGAUUCCUAUUCACCCAGAAGGAGAUCCAACCUCAACAGCUGUACAAGAGAUCCUUCACUGGCAACAUCGCACAAUGGAAAUGAUGUACAAAAAGAUUGCUAAGGCCAUUCGCAAGGCCAAAAUAGAGGCCCAUCCUACUGACUACCUUAGCUUCUACUGUCUAGGGAAGCGAGAAUGUCCAGAGGAUCUCCCAGAUGGUUUGGAUGAACCAGACUCUGGAACUGUAGCUGAAAAGGCACGUGAGAAUCUCCGUUUCAUGAUCUAUGUCCACUCCAAAAUGGCAAUAUUUGAUGAUGAAUAUAUUAUUGUAGGUUCAGCCAACAUCAAUGAAAGGAGCAUGAGUGGCAACCGUGAUUCUGAAAUGGCUCUUGGAGCAUACCAGCCAAUGUAUACCAAAGAAGAGUGCGGAGACGGUGAGAUAGAGGGUGAUGUUAGAACUUUCCGCUUAUCCCUGUGGGCUGAGCAUUGCGGUGCCCACAUGGAGGAACAUCUUACACCAACUUCUCUUGACUGCAUGAGGGCCAUGAAUGAAGUUGCAAAGACUAAUCUGGAGAAGUUCAUCUCACCAGAACCAGAGCACAAUGAUUCUCACUUGAUGUCCUACCCACUUGACGUCAAGUAUGAUGGCAGAGUGGUGGUGCGGGAGGACCUGGAGAAAUUCCCUGAUACCGGUGGCUCUAUCACUGGCAAAAACUCCAACUUCCUUCCAAAUUCUCUCACUACAUAGAUUAUAACUGAAUUAUGGGAUUUAACCCGAAUAAGUGGCAUCAAUGUAAUGGAAAAAAACAUAACCUUUAUAACAUGCUCAAGGAAAACAACAGUGAUUGGCCUAAUUGCAAUCAUGGAAUCUUAUUGUGUGACCAUUUUUCUUUCUUUUUUUUUUUCUUUUUUUUCUACCAAAAAAAAGGUGUUUUUGCAAAAGUGUUUUAACACAGCCAGACAGACAGAUGGAAGUUUUGCAAAGCAGUGACCAUUAGCUUGCCUUCUCUGCGUACAAAAUGUUAACACAAACCAAUGCUGUAGAUAAUAGUAUGUAUUGUUUUUUAUACAGACUUUUAUUACAUCAGGAGCACAAUGUGUUGUAGUCUAUAUGUAUGUAUUUCUGACUUUAGAAAUGUAUUCACACUUUUAUCAUGAUAGUGUUUCUAUUUUUAUUUAAUUUUAUUUUGUAUUACUAUACUGGAAAACUCAAUUUGAAAGCUACUCAUAUGUUUUUAAUUUCUUAUGUAUGACAACUUCAUCAGUAAUUCUUAUACUGUUUCUAAAAUCAAAAUAUAGAUUGUAAGUGUCUUUUCUGAUUUAUACAAUUAUUUACAGAAACUGGAGUAGGCAAUAUUUUUUAUUUGUAAAGACACAUAAUUUUCUCACUGAUUAAAAUUAUCUUCAGGAUGAAUGUAAU